GAAAGCGGAAGUGGUUUUCUUUGCCGACAACAUCGAAGGAAAGAACAUGAAAUGGAAUCCGAGAGCCUGCCAUUAAAAUGUUUGUCCCACGUUUUGUCCUGGGACCCGUCAGACCUUGUUGAUGAGGCUAGAGCUAAAGUGUCCCUGUCUGCCCGGGUCAGACAGAGAGAUGUCCCACGGACACUGGUGUGUCAUGAUAUGAAGGGAGGCUAUCAAGAAGAUAGGUUCAUUCAGGGCAGCACUAACCACUUAGCUUACCGUUUCUACCACUGGCAACUGAUUGACACGUUCGUCUACUUCAGUCAUCACUUCUGCACGAUUCCACCUCCAGGCUGGAUUGACGCCGCUCACAAACAUGAUGUACGGGUGCUAGGGACUAUAAUCACAGAGUGGGACGAAGGUAAAGAAACCUGCAGGCAGUUCCUAUGUGAUAACAGUUGUAUCAAUCAGCUGGUCAGAAAACUUGUGGACAUUGCCAAGUUUUACAAGUUCGAUGGGUGGUUCAUCAACAUAGAAAACACAGUGGAGGUUGAGCAGAUUGGUAGUUUGAGACUGUUUCUCGAGAGUUUGAGUGACAAGGUACACGAAGAGAUCGCACACUCCCAGGUACUGUGGUACGACAGCGUCAUCGACACGGGCGAACUCAAAUGGCAGGACCAACUAAACACUAAAAACAGGGAGUUCUUCAAUUCAUGUGAUGGAAUCUUUCUCAACUAUGCGUGGGAUGAAGAACAUUUGACAAAAACCGCUGAAAUAGCCGACUUGACUGACCGUCGGCUGGAGGUAUACGUUGGAGCCGAUGUGUUUGGACGCUGCCGUCCAGGGAGGGGAGGUUACAACACAAAAGAGGCACUGAGAAUGAUAAGAAAAGAAAACAUGUCUGCUGCCAUAUUUGCUCCAGGAUGGGUGCACGAGACACAAGAUGUGAAGGAAUUCACCACAAACCAAAAUAGGUUUUGGAACGAAUUGCGGCCAUUCUGUUAUCCCCAUCCAAUAAGUUAUCUCCCUUUAGUAACAUCAUUUUGCCAGGGAUAUGGAACGAAAUACUUCCUGCAUGGAAAGCCGGUUGGUGUUUCUCCUUGGUUCAACUUGAGCCUGCAGCAGGUUCAGCCGUGGGACAGUGACACCAAUGACGAAACCUCGGUCUCCAAGAGCCAAGUGUAUGAGGAAGAGGCGUACCUAGGGGGAACGUGUCUACACAUCCAGGGACAGUUCACGGAUGAUGCUAGAGACUUACACUUCAAGUUGUUUGACAUGGACGUGGAUGUACACCAGACUCUGCUGGUCUCGUAUACGUAUCGGCAGCUCGCCGGCUCACACUGCAGGUUUGUCGUGCGUCUCGAGCUGCACCAGGAGACGGAGACACGACACAUCCUGCUGACCGACGGCCGUGUGGAGAGGGACGGGCAGCCCGAGAAGAAGAAACAGAAGAACGAAGACGUCGAGAUUUUAUGCAUGGAGAGAGAGUCGGCUGCCAAACACUUUGGAAUAAUUCCCGAAACAGAGAACUACUGGAGGAUUCGGUAUUUUCUUGUGGAAUCCUCCCUCGUUUCAAACUGGACACUGGAUACAGUCAAACUACUUCUACAUCAACAAGAUGGCAAAGGAGAUUGUUCUUUCCUUGUGGGCCAAAUACAGAUUUUACCAUCAGACUGCACGCUACAGAACUAUCCACAGGUAACCGAGCUGACUUGUACUAAGUGUCCUGACCUUUCUGACACGCCCUCUACAGAUAACAGUAAAUACAGAGUGAAGUGGACCUGCUCCAGUACAUCAGAUGUCCAGUAUUACAACCUAUACACCUCCACUUCAAGUCAGUCCCGGCUGCUACGUGGACACACGACUGUAGAAAUGUAUGUUCUCGACACGGGUACCACGGAAACUGAUUUCACGGUGUCGGUUCAACCAGUAACGACAGUUGGGGUUGCCGUCCCGCUGAAUAACUGCUCAACGUGUGUUGUUUCUACUCAAUCUUUAUGAGAGUCAGAAGUAGAACUCAUAGCUGACCACAGGGUUUUAGCUGUUGCUCGUCAAAUCUCCACAAGUUAAAGUUUGUUUUGUUUAAUGACACCACUAGAGCACAUGGAUGUAUUAAUCAUCGGCUAUUGGAUGUUAAAUAUUUAGUACCGUUUGACAUAUGCAUGGUCUUAGAAGGAAACCCGCUUGUCAGAAAGGAAACCUGCUACAUUUUUCCAUUAGUAGCAAGGGAUCUUUUAUAAGCAACGUCCCACAAACAGGAUAGCACAUACCACAGCCUUUGAUAUACCAUUCGUGGUGCACUGGCUGGAACGAGAAAUCAAAUCAUCAAAAUGCGAAUUAAAGUUGGAAUUUGGCGAAUAUAUUUCAUUACCAAUUCGUCAAAAAAGUUGAUUCGAAAAUUGUCUGUUGCUUAGAGAUGUACUGCCAUUUUUGUUGUUUGGUUAAAUAAACUUGAAUUUGGCAACAUAUUUCCAUAUCAAAUUUGCCAAAUUGCUAAUAUUUUAUGGGCUUCGAUCAGCCUAAACCCUGUGGUCAUCAUUAUAUUUGUUCACUUGUAUAAAAGCAGACGGGGACUAUCCUGAGUUUUGGGGGAUUGUUAAGAUGAUUUAUCCUGCAGCCACACUUGGCCAGUUAUGAUGACCGAUUAAAGCAAAGUCAUAAAAGUAUACAGUGAAACCCCUCUAAACCGGACACCCUUGGACCAAGACAAUUGUCUGGUAUUAAGAGGGAUCUGGUUUAGAGAGGUUAUGUUCUGUACUGGUUUUUAAAAUUCUGGUUUACAGAGGGUCAGGUCUUGAGAGGUUUUACUCUACUAGCAGAUUAUAAAUUUUUACGUCACUCAUGUCAUGUCUACAUUAUAAAAUCACUCAUUUGAUCUCUAGAUCAUCGUACAAUGUAGCUGAUAUAACAAUAUAAUAGCUUUCCUCCUUAAUUUUUAUGGUCUGCAGAAUAAAGAUGAUAAACUAGUUAAUGACAUAGGAUGUCGGCUUUAUCCUAUUCAGGCUGAAUGAGAAAUUUCCCAUUCUUACCUUCACAGAAUAAAACCGAUAUCCUGUGUCAUUAACUAGUUAUUCUCUAUAUCGACCAACAGAGACUAUUUUUAA